GCGGCAGCAGAGCGGAAGUGGGGUAGUUUGAGCCAAAAUGAGGGAAAAUAAGAACAUGUCCGAGUCCCCCUCUCAAGCGGGAAAAGAAAUACCAGCGAAAAAACAAAAACUGAGCAGUGACGAGAACAGUAACCCCGAUUUAUCAGGAGACGAGAAUGAUGAUGCUGUCAGUGUUGAGAGUGGAACCAACACAGAGCGUCCAGACACACCCACCAACACCGCCAACGCUCCGGGCAGAAAGCUGUGGGGAAAAGGCAAAUGGAAGUCCAAGAAAUGCAGAUAUUCUUUUAAAUGUGUCAACAGUUUAAGGGAGGACCAUGGCCAGCCUCUGUUUGGAGUCCAGUUUAACUGGCACAGCAAGGAGGGAGACCCACUGGUGUUUGCCACUGUUGGAAGCAACAGGGUAACUCUGUAUGAGUGCCACUCUCAGGGAGAAAUACGACUCCUGCAAUCUUAUGUCGACGCAGACGCUGACGAGAACUUCUACACGUGUGCCUGGACCUAUGACACCAACACAAGCCACCCACUGCUGGCUGUCGCCGGCUCCCGCGGCAUCAUCCGGGUGAUCAACCACAUCACAAUGCAGUGUAUCAAACAUUACGUCGGUCACGGAAACGCCAUCAACGAGCUCAAGUUUCACCCUAGGGAUCCAAAUCUUCUUCUGUCAGUCAGUAAAGAUCACGCUCUUCGUCUCUGGAACAUACAAACCGACACAUUAGUGGCGAUAUUUGGAGGAGUAGAGGGUCAUCGAGAUGAAGUCCUGAGUGCUGAUUUUGAUCUUUUAGGUGAGAAGAUAAUGUCGUGCGGGAUGGAUCACUCCCUCAAACUCUGGAGAAUCAAUUCAGAGAGGAUGCAGAAAGCAAUCCGAGGGUCUUAUGAGUACAACCCCUCCAAGACUAACAGGCCUUUUGUCUCACAGAAAAUUCACUUCCCUGACUUCUCCACGCGAGACAUCCACAGAAACUACGUGGACUGUGUGCGGUGGCUCGGGGAUCUUAUUCUUUCUAAGUCGUGUGAAAAUGCGAUUGUAUGCUGGAAACCAGGCAGGAUGGAGGACGACAUCGAUCAUAUCAAACCCAAUGAGUCCAACGUGACGAUCCUGGGACGCUUUGACUACAGCCAGUGUGACAUCUGGUACAUGCGCUUCUCCAUGGACUUCUGGCAGAAGAUGCUGGCUCUUGGAAACCAGGUGGGGAAGCUUUACGUGUGGGACCUUGAAGUUGAGGAUCCUCAUAAAGCAAAGUGCACCACGCUCACCCUCCCCAAAUGCACGUCAGCGAUCCGACAAACCAGCUUCAGUCGCGACAGCAGCAUUUUGAUCGCUGUGUGCGACGACGCCUCCAUCUGGCGCUGGGAUCGACAGCGCUGAUUUUUUAAUUUCUUUGAAUGAAGUCUUUUUCUUUCCCAUGUCUCUACUCUGAAACCUUCAACCCUGUCUUUCUGUUCUACACUGCAAAAAAUGUCUGCCAGCGUCCAAAAGGGCUUCAUUAUUUUCCUGAAAAGACGUGAGAGAUUGUGCCAAAGUCAGGAGGUUCCUUUUGUCGCUAUGGCCAAGGAGAUUUAAUGUUUACUUUAUCUUUUGACAAGUUUAACGGAAAAUUACAAGAAUUAACAACAUUUUAUAUUUAACAAAACAUCUCUUAGGGUUCAUAGCAUCCCAUCAUAAUGAUAGUUUUUAGACUUUUUCCCAUCUAAAAUAAAAAAAUAAAGAAAUUGUUUUAUCAGCUUGUCAGUUUUGGCAGAUAAAAAGUGCCUUUUAGCUUCCUAUGCAGACUCAUUCAUCAGGAAAUAUUUGAUCUCCACUUAUCUUCAAUCAGGGAUUUUUUUCCCUAGAAUCACUUGGCAGAAUUCUUCAAUCUUUUUAGGAAAGAAAUAAGCUUGUUAAAACCACAAAUGACCAAAGAUGGAUAUUUUUUGCAGUGUUUUCUUUUAUAAUAAUUCUUUUACACAUGAAAAAAUGAAGAUUUUUGUCCAUUUUUAUUCAGUUUUUCAGUCUCUUUACAUGCCUUUGCAUCUUUUUUCCAGUUGUUUGCUGUUACUGCCUGCAUAUUCACCUCCAAACACAACCACAAAACUCUCAAUAAAAGUAUUUUGUAAAUAAA